ACAUCUCAAAAGCCAAGGAGAAAAUUGCCAGAGCCUACUUGGAAUCUAAUAAAGUAAAGUUACUGACCACAUCCAGAGAAGCUGCAGUUGUUGUGAAAAGUAUUGAUUUUCAGAAGUUAUCUGAGGAGUUUUUAUGUUUGUAUUUUGAGAGUGAAUUUGCUGAUGGCUAUGAUAUCAUAGAGUCAUCCAAUGCCUGGCCGGAGCUAAACAUGGCUGUGGUUAACUUCCACCCUCUUCAAAAAGCAGUGGUGGAGAAAAUCUUGGAAAGCACCGACCUUGUGCCUUUACCAUCUGAAGACUAUCACAUUUCUGUCCAUCCUUGUUACAACAAUUUUCAUGAGUACAUUGGGCAGCAGAUACAUGAUGAAGUAACAAAGCUUGCAGAAGAACAAGGAGUAUUGGACGAAGAUGGAGAAGACAUGGGGGAAGAUGCUGAAGAACAGAUGGAAGAAGAUAGCGAAGAAGAUGAUGGUGUUAGUGAAGAAGAAGAAGAGACCAGUUCUAGUGAAGAAGAAGAUACAGAUGAAAGUGAAACUAAAGAAGGUAAAAAUAAAAAACCUGAGGAUGAUGAUUCUGAAUCAGAUAGUUUACAAGAAAGUGACUCGGAAAUAGAAAAUGCAAAAAUUGGAUCAGCUUCAAUUCAGGGACUUAACAGGGCUCAACAUUUGGAUACCACUGUUCCAUCCAAACAAGGAUCAUCAGCUCUCAGAGGUGGAUUUAGGGGAAGAGGUGCUAUAGCAAUGAGAGUUCUCACAUCAUCCGCGAGAAGAAAAUCGAAUGAAGAAAAUGAAGAAAAAAUAAAAGAUAAAAUGAGAGACCGAUCAUCUUCUAUCAGAAAUGCAUCUCAUGAGAGAAGAGAUCUAGGAAGCAAAUAUGAAAAACAGCCUGGGAAAAUGGCUUUUACAAAUGGAAGAGGAAAAAUGACUGACAAGUUUCAGUCACGUUCUCUUUCUGUCCAUUCACUUGAUGAUGGUAUUGAUGUUGAAAUGAAGUCAGAAGUGAAUCAGAUAAACCGCAAGAAGACCCCUAACUUCCGUGGACGGGGUGGGGCUGUGUAUCGUGUCAGUGAGAUGGGCAAAAGUUUUCAGACCCGUGAACAUGAAGUUUGUAAUGAUACAAGAUUGGAUGAAUCAGAAGAUCGUCGUCAUUGGAAUGUGGAUGCUCCCAUUUUCAGACCAAAUAUGGGCAAACAGCACAGCACAAGCUGUACAUCUCUUGCAAACAGUGAUCAGGAAACAUCAUUUAGUAUCAGAGCGGGAAGAACAUCACAAGAGGAGACACUAGGUGUAAAUCACAAUCAUGAUUUACCUGCAGACAAACACAGAUUUCAGGAAGUUGAGCAGAAAAUUAAAAACAAAUUAGAAAGUGAACUUGCACUGAAAGAUGCAAAAAUAAAGCAGCUUCAAGAAGAAUUAGCCAGAAAAGAUGAACAGCCAAAACAGUGCACUGAAAAAGUAGAAAUGGCAGUGUGGCAGAAAGAAUUCUUGCCACAUUGUUUUGGAGAUUUUGAAGAUUGUCAUAUUUCUUUUGAUGGAAGUUUUGCUGUUGUAGAGGGAAAAUCCGAAAAUGUCAAAGAGCAGCAGUUGAAAUUAUUGAAAGAACUUACAAAGUUACAGGAGAAACCACUAGAAAUCACUCAAGUUCUGCAAUCCAUUCUGUGCAAAGAACAAGGCAAACAGUACCUUCAGAGUGUGAAUACAAAUGGAGCCAAAGUAUUACUCCGUGAUACAUAUCUGUUAGUAGUUGCUAAAAGUGUCGAGGCCUUAAAAGAAAAAAUAGAUUUUCUAAGUGACAGAUUAAAUUAUAAGGAAACUACUACAACUGAUGCAGAAAUACCCACAGAAAAACUACAGUUUCUAAAGUUGAAAUUAGAAGCAAAAUUUCUUGUUCAGAUUUCCUGGAACGAUAAGGAAACAGAAAUUUAUAUUGAAGGUAUCAAGGAUGAUGUUUUUGAAGCAAUCAGAGAGAUUCAGACACUCAUGAAUGAGCAUGCUGAUCAUGAAAAUUCAUUUUCUAUCAAAGGUUUGCCUGCAAAAUUGCUUCAUAGAUUCUGUGAAGACAAGAUCCGACAGUAUUUGCAAGCAGUUAAGACAGCUGAUUAUUUAUCAACAGAAGCUGACAUAGCUAUAAAAUUUAAAGGAGAUAGGAAAGCUGUACAACAGGUCUACAGAAAUCUGACAGAUUUACAAAAAUCAGUGAUGCACAGAUCUUGGGAUUUGAGGUCUGAAUUCAAGAAACCAGAAGAAUUGAUGUUGAUUGUCAAAGGUUUUGCAUCAGAUAAAAUUAAGAAAAAGAUUGACACUUUUGAAGCAACAAAAAAGUGUAUAGUUUCUUAUAAACUACCAAGUUUAGAGUCUUUCAAUGUAGGAACAUACAAGAAAACUCAGCAGGCUGUUCAUUCAGUAUUCAAACAAAAAGAGCCCUCACGGGAUGCUUUCCCGGUACCGACAGAAGAUAAAUUAAAGCUGGACAUAAAUAACACCUGCCAGUUGGUUAUUAAACCAUAUGGUGACAUCACAAGAGAAACUUCUGAUGUUUUAGUCAAUCUGCUGACUACACAAAUUGACCUGCGCAAGACAAGAGUUGGACAGGCGUUUAACAAAGUUUGCCAUUCAUUGAGGAAAACUCUACAAUCUGAACAAGAGGCUCACCCAACUGAUGUAGUCCUCACAACAAAGGGACCAUUUAGCCAUCUAAAAUGUCAGGCUAUUUGUCAUAUAGUGUUUACUCAGUGGGAUCCAAACUCAUCCCCGGCACAACUGUCCACAUCAAUUCAGUCAGUUAUUACACAGGCAGUUGCUUUAGGAGCUAAGUCUGUUUCUUUUCCUGUCUUGGGCUGUGGAAAAGCAUUUCGUUUCCCUCCAUCUGAUGUUGCAGAAAUUACGUUAGCAAGCAUAAAGGCAUCCCAGGUUGGACAAGCUUUACAAAAGAUUGUGCUUUUAGCACCAGAUGCAGAGCUUUUCAAAGAGUUCAAAAGUAAAGUAUCCAAUCACUUCAGGAUUUCCCCUGCCAGAGAUGCAGGGGCAAUGAGUUCAUCAGUACCUGCUGUACCCAUCUCAAAAGAUGAAGAAGAUGAAAGUGAAGAAAGUGAUGAAGAAGAAUCGGAUAAUGAGGAUGAAGAGUCAGUUGUUGAACAUGAUUUACAAAAGUCAGGUAAUGCAGAAAUCAGUAUUACUGUACUUCAUGGUAAUGGCAUAGAAACUAUAUGGUCAGCUUUGAAAGACUUGAUCACUAAAGUUUGCUUGCACAAAGAUUAUGUCAAUCAAGAUUUGGUUAAUAUUUGGCCGAAGGAUUCCAGAGCUCGCAUCCUUCAAGAGGCUAAGAAAUCAUGUGUAUGGGUUGAAAUAUCUAAACAUCCCAAGACAAACAAGCCAGGAUACCUUGUCAAAGGAGCGAAGCAACAGGUUGAGAAAGUUGUUAAGACCAUUAACAAAGAACUCCAUGACUUCUCAUCUCAUUUGCCAAAGAACCGAAUAAAAUCGCCUAAAGCGCCAAAACGAGGUGGUUGUGAAUUUUUGAAACAUGCCUCUGAAAGUGAUGAGUUGUUUCCAUCUUACUGGAAACGAAACAAUUUAAAUCCAGAAAAGGGGUUGAUGACGAAACUAAAAGAUGUUUUCACCUCUCAUAAGUCAGAGAAAUUAUGGGUCAGUGUUGAGCCGGAGACCAAGCAAUCUGUUAUAGAUCUCAUAAACAAAACUUGGGAUCCAAAUCUUGUUGGACAAGGCAAUGAUGCUUUUGGACUAACACACAGUAAAAUUAGAGUCAUUGAUGUGAAAAGGAUAGAAAAUUUGACAUUAUUUGAGCUGUAUUCAACACAGAGAAAGUUACUUUUCAAGAAAAUGCUAUCAAAAAAUAAAAUUUGCCCUGAUAUUGGGAAAAUUCGUGGGUCAAAAGGAAGAGUAAUAACAACAGAGCAUCUGAAAAGCUUCAUGAAAGAAGAACUUUAUUAUGAAGUGAAUGAACAUUAUUUAUUUCAUGGCACAAAGGCUCCUAAAGCAAUUGCCGCAAAUGGCAUUGAUCCACGGGUUUCUAAUGAAGCAGGCAUGUUUGGUAAAGGCAUCUAUACAGCAGAGGCAUUUACCAAAGCUGACCAGUAUACUGAAUCUGUAAAACUAACUCGGCCUCCAUGUAUACAGUGCAGCAGUGACAAAUGCUCUUGUUCCAAUCAGGAGCUCUAUGAUUCUGUCAUGGGAGAUGGAAGAUGGAUUUUCAGAGAAUUUGUUGUGUAUGACCAGAAUCAGUGCUACCCUGAAUAUCUUAUCUCUUACCAAAGAGCUUAA